AUGCAGAAGCGGGAGAAACCCGACAUUGAGAAAUUACAGAGACCUGACUUACUUUCUGGUCCACAACGAGCAUUUCCCAUAUGGGACGCCACAAGUAGGCAAAGCCGAGGGGAACCCCGAGCAGCACUGCAGAGAUCAUCACCGCAACCGAUAUGCAGGACCCUGCAGCAGCUCUACGGGUACGCCCGAGCCUACCUCACCGAUAUGCUGUGGCUCUGCGGAGGCCUUGAUGACCAGACUGCGCAAGAAACAGACGGCGCAUCAAUGGGUUAA